UAAUAAAAUUUGUGUUACAAAUCUGUGUGCAAUCCUGUAAUGGACUGUAAGCAAUCGCAAUUCUAUUUGUAACACCAGAAUUAAUGAAUGCGUUAUCAAUGUCAGUUAAGUGUUCAUGAUCAAGUUGAAAUUAAAACAGUGAUGCGCAAAGAUAAUGAUUCGUUAAAACAAAUAUAGAAAUAUAGAAUGUAGAACAACACAAAUUUGGAAGUCACUUUAGAGACUAUAGUUUCCAGUUUUAGACAAUUUAAAGGUUGUCUGCUCAUAUGUUUUGGAAUAUUGUGAAGAACUCCAAUGAUAUACAUGUAGGGGCAUGUGUCCAAAGCUGAUCCACAUCAUAACAUACUGAUUGGGAAUAAUGACAUAGUACCAAAAGAUGUGCUUAUACUGUAAUUAGCAGAUCUUCACAAAUGAACCUGGCAGAUCCUGGUGCAACCUUACCUUACCAUGUUUACAUCUAACCGUCAGUUUGAGCUGUAUGUGGGUGGUAACACGGACUAUAUACAUGUAUUGCCCUGUUAUUGUCUUGUGAUGGACCUUUUUAACAUAUCAAGUAUUUAAUUGAAGACUUAAGAGGUCAGUUUUCAUCAAAGAAUUUAAAAAUACAGUUUUAUUUAUAAGGGUGAAUAUGUGGUUAUAAUGGCAUUGAUGUAUAUAUUGUGUCUGUUUUUUAAUCAGCCUUUCAUCCAUAAUUAUGAAUAUUAAGCAUGAUAAAGUAUUUUAAGGGAAUAUAAUGAAGACAUGUUAUGUUGUUUCUGCACAAGCAUUUGAAUACAAGAAAUUUUAUGCUCACUCAGCACUGUUUUCACAUUGUCAAUAAAUUUGCUUGUUUUAGUUUCCAAAUCUGUCUGUCUCUAGCUCCCUGUGAAUAAUGUACUUUUUUACAUUGCAUCCAUUGAUUUUAAAUGGGGUGUAUUAUGCACAUGUCACACUUUUUUACAAAAACAUCAAGGUCAAAGGUAAAAUAUAUGGGUCAAAAUCAUAACUUUUGCAAUAUUGAAGAUAGCAACUUGAUAUUUGGCAUGCAUGUGUACCUCAAGGAACUGCACAUUUUGAUUGGUGAAAGGUCAAGAUCAUCCUUCAAGGUCAAAGGUCAAAUAUAUGGGUCAAAAUCGCUCAAAAGGGGACAUUGUGUAUUGUGUUUUACAAACACAUACCUUGUUAUGUUAUGUAAUGGCCUUUCAAUCAUAUUAUUUUUAUAUGAAAUACGCUGGAUUUGUCUUUUCAUUUCAUCCAUGAUAUGUUUUUGUCUGUUACAUUUUGCGACCCUAUGUACAUGUUAAGCAGUUUAACCAUUUACAACGGCAUUUGUGGCGAGGCUUACAGUCAUAAGGUAGGUCAUUACACGCACUGCAUAUCAUAAAAUCGUUUGGCUUUUAUUGACAAAAAUUUCGAAAUCGGUGUUAAAGACUAAACAUGACAAGUGUCGCAACUUCGUCCCCACCUGGGAAUUCAGAGCUCAAAUUUCAGAUUAUAAUGUGUCAAAUUUUACACUUGUAUAAUGAAGAAGUAAUCUCUUGACAAGAUGGUGCUGUCCUGAUCUCGUGCCAAGCCACAAAUGAUUCUUGUUUUGGUUUAAAACAACAUAUGAACGAAGAUUUUUUUAAUGUACUUUGUUUUAAAUUCUGUUCUUUGAAAAAUGCAUAAUAAGUCAUCAACUAUUAUAAUUUUAUGAAAAUAUUACUUUAAUAUUGGUUAAUGCAGUUAUUGAUAGAAGUGUAGCCAUCAGAUUUCCAAUCGUCUGCAAGAUUAGAUUUCCCAGAAUCACUGUAUAUAUAUACUGAACCUCCACUUGGUCUAUAUGGGGGCUCAUAUGAAACGCUUAUGUUUUGUUCAAGUAUAUCUGCUGCUUCUUUGUCAGUUAAAAUGCGUUCGGUUUUCGAAAACAGAAUGGCCCCGGAACCGCCUCCAUACAGUUUAUUAUUGUUAUCCAUUACUUCGGAGCCUUUAAUUAUAGUUUCAUUAGUAUAUGCACAUUUACUGUUGGUUGUGAUUUUGUUUCUUGAUGUUGAAUUGGGUGUGGUGGUGGUGGGUGUUGGCUGCUUGAUAGUGAUGCAUGAAGCGGGUGUUAGCUGCUUGGUGGUUUUGGAUGUUGUCUGCUUGUUGGUGGUGGAUGAAGUGGGUGUUGUCUGCUUGAUGGUGAUGGAUGAAGUGGGUGUUGGCUGCUUGGUGGUGGUGGAUGUUGGCUGCUUUUUGGUGGUGGAUGAAGUGGGUGUUGGCUGCUUGGUGGUGAUGGAUGAAGUGGGUGUUGGCUGCUUGGUGGUAGUGGGUGUUGGCUGCUUGGUGGUGGUGGAUAAAGUGAGUGUUGGAUGCUUUUUGGUGAUGGAUGAAGUGGGUGUUGGCUGCUUUUUGGUGAUGGAUGAAGUGGGUGUUGUCUGCUUGGUGGUGGGGGUGGAUGAAGUGGGUGUUGUCUGCUUAAUGGUGAUGGGUGGAGUGGGUGUUGACUGCUUUUUGGUGGUGGGUGUUGGCUGCUUGGUGGUUGGUGGAUGAAGUGGAUGUUGGCUGCUUUUUGGUAAUGGAUGAAGUGGGUGUUGUCUGCUUGGUGGUGAUGGAUGAAGUGGGUGUUGGCUGCUUGGUGGUGGUGGGUGUUGGCUGCUUGGUGGUGAUGGAUGAACUGGGUGUUGUCUGCUUGAUGGUGAUGGAUGAAGUGGGUGUUGUCUGCUUGGUGGUGGUGGAUGAAGUGGGUGUUGUCUGCUUGAUGGUGAUGGAUGGAGUGGGUGUUGGCUGCUUUUUUGUGGUGGGUGUUGGCUGCUUGGUGGUGGUGGAUGAAGUGGAUGUUGGCUGCUUUCUGGUGAUGGAUGAAGUGGGUGUUGUCUGCUUGAUGGUGAUGGAUGAAUGGGUGUUGUCUGCUUGAUGGUGAUGAAUGGAGUGGGUGUUGGCUGCUUUUUGGUGGUGGGUGUUGGCUGCUUGGUGGUGGUGGAUGAAGUGGAUGUUGGCUGCUUUUUGGUGAUGGAUGAAAUGGGUGUUGUCUGCUUGGUGGUGAUGGAUGAAGUGGGUGUUGGCUGCUUGGUGGUGGUGGGUGUUGGCUGCUUGGUGGUGAUGGAUGAACUGGGUGUUGUCUGCUUGAUGGUGAUGGAUGAAGUGGGUGUUGACUGCUUGGUGGUGAUAGAUGCAGUGGGUGUUGACUGCUUGGUGGUGGUGGGUGUUGUCUGCUUGGUGGUGAUCGAUGAAGUGGGUGUUGUCUGCUUGAUGGUGAUGGAUGAAGUGGGUGUUGUCUGCUUGGUGGUGGUGGAUGAAGUGGGUGUUGGCUGCUUGAUGGUGAUGGAUGAAGUGGGUGUUGACUGCUUGGUGGUGGUGGGUGUUGACUGCUUGGUGGUGGGUGUUGACUGCUUGGUGGUGAUGGGUGAAGUGGGUGUUGUCUGCUUGAUGGUGAUGGAUGAAGUGGGUGUUGUCUGCUUGGUGGUGAUGGAUGAAGUGGGUGUUGUCUGCUUUGUGGUGAUGGAUUUAGUGGGUGUUGUCUGCUUGGUGGUGGUGGAUGAAGUGUGUGUUGUCUGCUUGAUGGUGAUGGAUGAAGUGGGUGUUGUCUGCUUGGUGGUGAUGGAUGAAGUGGGUGUUGUCUGCUUGGUGGUGAUGGAUGAAGUGGGUGUUGUCUGCUUGCUGGUGGUGGAUGAAGUGGAUGUGGGCUGCUUGGUGGUUGUGGGUGUUGGCUGCUUGGUGGUGGUGAAUAUAGGUGGCUUGUUUGUGGUGGAUGUAGGCCGAGAUGUUGUAAGCAUUAAUACUUCACUGUACAGUAGUGAGGUGUUUAUGCAGUGCCGCUCAUGAGAUGACGGUGUGGCUUCCGAAGCUUUGUGGCUGUAGACCGCAUCGUACAUAUUGCGGCACACCUCCUCGGUGCCGUCAAAACUGAGGUGAAGCCCAUCCCGGCUGAGGAGGCGUCGGUUUGGACCUGAUAAAGAAAACAAAAAUGUGCAUUUCUUCCUUUUAUGCAUGCAUGUAAAAGCGGUACGAUCAUAAUAACAUCUUACAAAAACUUACUAUUUUGUAUUAUAUUACCUUUGUCACAGAAAAUACAUUGUAUUUACACGAGUACACGUCUUGCGAUGAACACAUGAACAAUUUAGACUAUCGAUUACAAUUACAUAGUAUCAAAGAAGAGGUACGCACAAUCAUCUGAGGCAUUUGUUCAAGGAACUGUCGUGAAUAUAGAAGCGUAAUUUUAGACGCCAACUUUGAUCAUGGCAAAUUAACGCAAAAUUUAUAAUCAUAGCACAAACAAUCAUUAACAAAAAGUAUCAUUUUAAUUUAUUGUUCGGCUGCUUACCAUUCAAAUCAUAAAAUCGCGGAUGUCGCACUGGCUGUAACCAGGAGCAUGACAACGCUUCUAUC